AUGGCAUAUGGGCUUGAAGACCGCGAUGCGGUCGACGAGCUAUUCUCUCUCUCACUCGAGGAUCACCUCACACCAACUCAACCCGAAAGGCUACGAAUGCCUUCCCCACCAAUUAUGCGUCCACUGCGAGGUGACGACACUUCCCCCCAACCCAGCAGGCUUCGGCUUCCUUCGCCACCACCAACAAAGCCCACCAAGGACAAGUCUGCACCUAUAUAUUCCGACUCCGACACCACCUCGUCACUCUCCUCAACCCCCUCAUCUCCAGACUUAUCUCCAGUCCUAUCCCCAGCCGGACCCGAAACCCCCUCUGCCCUCUCACCCUCCGAUCAAGCCGCCCUCCUAACCCGCAUCCACUCCGGCCUAUCCUACACAGCAACCCAAAAAUCCCUCAACCUCCCAAUCACCCAAACAACCCGCUUCUCCCUCUGCCCCCAGUACCCAACCCACCUCCCAGCCCUAACCCUGCUCCGCAAACACGCCAUCCUCAUAUCCAUCUCCCCCACCCACGAACUCUACGAGCUAGGCAUUCCGCGGCCAGACUGGGUGCAAGAAGGCGCUAUAACAGGUAUUCACGACGCGCAGUGGUGGAUGGGGAAGAGUAGGGCGGAGAUUAAGGCGGGGCCGUGGGCAGACGAGGCGGAUGUCAAGGUUGCGGAGGCGCGGAUGAGGGGGGUGGAGACGAGGAAGAAGAAGAGGAGGGGGAAGGGGGAGAGGGAGAGGGAGUGGAAGUUGAGGGAGGGGGUUAGGCGGGCGGAGGAGGGGGAGGGGAGUGAGGAUGACGAGCAUGAGAAAAUGGAGGACGAAGAAGAAGAAGGGGAGGAGGAUGAAGCGGACGAGGGGAAGACAAUGGAGGGAGUUCUAUAUGGGAGUUUGGAACUUGCGACGACUUCUACGAAGCGUUUGAGGAGCCAGGUUGGUUCGACGUCUUCGCCAUCUUCGAGGAAGUUGAGGAGUCCGGGUGGUUCAGAGUCUUCCCCUUCUUCGAGGGUCUUGAGGAUUCGCAAACUGUGA